AUGGAUCUCCCCACCGUCAUCAUACACUGGGUGUUUACCUGGGUGGCAAUCGGCUUGAUUACCCUGCGGCUGCUGCUGCGGAAGUUGAAGGGGUUUAAAUUUGUUUUGGGGGAUUAUUUCGCUAUGGGAGCAAUUGUUUGUGCUCUCGCACGUCUCGCCUUAGUCCACGUUAUUCUCAUUUGGGGGACCAACAAUAUGACUGAGAGCUUCAGAAAUUCCCACAACUUCACACCAGAAGAGAUCCGUCGCAGAGAGAUCGCGAGCAAAUUUGUGCUCGCCAAUCGAGUGUUCUAUAACUCCUAUCUCUGGCUGCAGAAGUUGGUUCUGCUCGAUACCUAUCGCAGACUGCUUAAACAUCUUCGUUGGGAAAAGAUCACAAUGAUUUCAUACAUUGGUAUAUUCGCAGCAACGUACGCCACGGUGCAGAUUGUGACCUUUACGGAGUGUGAUCCAUUCAACCAUUACUGGAUGGUGCUUCCUGAUCCUGGAACAUGCUGCCAAGCACAGCUCCAACUGAUCGUCCUCGGUGUCUUGAAUAUCGUUACUGAUCUUAUGCUCAUUGCAUUGCCGAUCCCAAUUCUCGUUUUAGUCAAACGAUCGACUGUCGAGAAAUUCCAACUCGCAGUCCUCUUCGCCGUCGGUUUCUUCAUCGUCGCAAUCACCAUCGCCAGACUACCUUUAAACGCCGAGAACUCCACUGCGCAAGUGAGCAGAACAACCUGGGCAUCUAUUGAGCUACUCGCUGCUGCCAUUGUGGCCAAUGCUCCUGUCUUGUACGGACUUUUCAAGGGACACAGACAAAGGUCUAGAUACGCUACAUCAGGACCCGGGUCAUCUGGCCCAUCACGACUGGGACUUCAAAAGAGAUCAGCAAAUGAGCCAGCAUUCGAAAUGCAAGGGUCUCGAAAUACAGGCUCUCAUCUUGAUUCAAAAACACCGUCGAGAAACUACGUGGAGAUCGACGGGGAGAGUAGCAGGUCUUUGACUCGAAGCGUGCAAAGGGAGGAAUAA